AUGUCCUGCUUCCGGCUUCCCUUGUCCCUUUGCCGGCUCUUGGAUAAACAUAUCGACAGGUUCUGGUGGGGUGCAGAGGACGACCACUCUAAGGUUCAUUGGAUCUCCUGGCGUAACAUGUGUAGGAGUAAACAUGAGGGAGGCAUGGGGUUUCGUCGUUUUGAACAGUUUAAUCAGGCCCUCCUAGCUAAGGUUGGGUGGCGUAUACUGAAUGAGCCCCAGUCCCUCCUGGCCCAGGUUUACAAAGGGAAGUAUUUUCCAAAUGGGUCGUUCCUCCAAGCUACGGGCCGCUCUCGGCCUUCUUGGGGUUGGCAAAGCAUUUUGUAUGGGCGCCAGUUAUUAGAGGCUGGAGUACGGUGGCAGAUUGGUAAUGGUGAGUCCGCUUCCCUGCUCCAGUCCAGUUGGAUUCCUCAGCUACACCCUAUUCCGCCUCGAUACAACCCUCUGAUCUUGCCGGAUGGCGGGGAGCCGCGGGUGGCUGAGGUUAUCGUCCCUGGGGAAGGCAGGUGGUGUGACGUGAAACUUCGGCAGUGGUUUGAUCCUCUGACUUGCCGGGAGAUUAAAAGGAUCCCCCUGCCCCGCCAGGACAAGAUGGAUAAGUUGAUUUGGCACGGUACAGCAGAUGGGGUCUUUACAGUCAAAUCCGCCUACCAUCUGGCUGUCACUCUGGAUAGACAGAAGGGCCGUUGGAGAGACUCCGCGAGUUGGAUGGAUAAGAAAAGUUGGAUUAAACUGUGGGAUGCGGAUAUUCCUCCCAAAUUGAAGGUGUUUAUGUGGCAGAUAUUUAACCGUGUCUUGCCCACUACUGAAGCCUUGGUUGAAAAACAAAUUCCAGUUCAUCCCCGUUGCCCGGUGUGUUGGGCUGAGAAGGAAACCAUGGAGCACUUGUUCCUGUACUGCCCAGUGGCGCGGGCUCUUUGGGACCUGUCAGGUUUGGAACAUUUAGGCCAGGGAUUACCGCGUCAGACUCUCCCUUUGUUCUUGAAGAAGCUGAUGGCCUUACUAGCCCAGCCCUCCGAUUUUAUGGCCGUAGUAGCCGUACUCUGGCGUAUCUGGCGGUCCAGAAACUGGGUGGUUUUUGAGGGUAAACAGGUGGGGUUUCCGGCCUUGAUGCGUCAAUUUCACCAACAGUUUGAGGAGUGGGUCUCGUUGCCAAAAGAUCCCUGCACCAGUCCCCCGAACCCCCACUCUGCCCCUGAUCCUCCUGGGAAUGGUAGUUCCCUGGUGUGUUUGUGGGAUGGGGCUACUCGGAAGGGUUCUCAUGCCGCAGGUGGGAUGGUCCUCUUAGGAGUUGGUUGGGAGAUCCUGUGGGCUCAUGGAUUUCAGUUCCCUGGAGUGGAUGCGCCCGCGGUAGCGGAGUUGCUGUGUUUACGGGAGUCUAUGCGUUGGUGCCUUGCCCAUGGGUUGACAACAGUCUGCUUUGAGGGGGAUGCUUUGGUGCUUAUUGAUAAGAUUCAAAGGGGUAGUACUGCGGAUAGCCAGGUGGGGGCUAUUCUGGAGGAAGUUGUUCAUCUCUUCGAUUCGUGCGCGGGAUUUGGGGUUCUGUUUGUAGGUCGGAGUAGUAAUAUGGCAGCCCAUUUGGUGGCUAGGAAAGCCCUCUCGUUGUACCCGACUAUGAGUCGUCUUUUUUAA